AUGUGCCCGCUUGUGCAAUUAUACGCCCUGCUGUUGUGUUUCACUUGCUGCCUGGCCUGGCGGAUCCGGGCAAACAAGGUAAAGCAAUGGGAUAAAGACCUACGGAAGUGGCAAUUCGAUUUCAACCAGGCGCUUGCCCCGUUCGGCCUGUUCGCGAAGACCCAAACCUUCGCCUGGAUGACACUUUACACAGACGGCGACGGCCAGUUGCAAAGGGGACGGAUUACCAGGCGCUGGAUUGCAUUGGCCUUAACCCCGGAGCAGAGUCAGAGGCUGGCAAUGGAGCCGCACAUCAGUGGGGACGUGGCAAUUGGCACCUGGUGUAGCGGGUUGAAUGAAUUGGAGCUCUGUAUGCACCCGCCACAGGGGAUGUAUUGCUGAGCUCGUCAAUAGAAUUUUUUGCGUCAGCCCCUUCAGAGAAUAUCCGGGCGGGAAGAUUUAUCAUGUAUGAUUUGUUUACUGCCUCGCUAUCGCUUUCGAGCCCUCCUCGUCGAGCGGUCAAUCAAAAUUUUCAAAAUCAUAACUAUGUUGGGCAAAAUUCAAUAGCGGGUAGGUGCCCGUGCCACUACAAGUAUAGAAUUUAGAACGAAGAACAGUUGUUGUACAGAUGUGGAGGAUGACGUGUACAGCAUUGGAUGUGGGUUUCUUGGUACAACCAUCGACGUCUGCUACUAAGUACGACGUAGUUGUGCGUAUGCCUUCUAUGUGGAAAAAGAGGCUAGCAGAGCCAUCUACGAUAGCAAGGAGAUUUUCGAGAACUUGUGAAACUCCCAGUCUUUUGUGCAUGAAGAUUGUUCUAGUUCCGCACGACCCAGCGGAUCAUGUUGCUUGCUCCAAAGGCACCAGUUGGCAGCUCGACAGGAGUUAGUAUGAUGAAGAUGAUCUUUCCGAUACACGUCGAUCAAGAUCACUUUAUUUCUCGCAGAUCGACGAUGAGCUCAAGCCGAUGACAUCAUUAGCUCGACGAACGUUUCUUUGAGGAAGAAAGGAUGACUAUCUAUCAACGAAGCGGGAGGACACAUGAUCUUAAAAAUCUGUGGCGCUACAAAACUCCUUAACAAGACAGUGCCGGUAGUUGACCCGACUUCAUAAGUGUUUUUUGGUCGAGAGAGAGGGAAAUUGCAGUAUUUUUUUCGCCAAGUAAGAACUACUUUAAGCCUAAGCAAGCCGAAACUCUACGUCCUGCUCCUGUCCAUCUUUUCAGGCACAUCUUAUUCGCUGUAGAAGUAACUUGUCCAAUAUGCCCAACAUGACCAGGACGAUGGUGCCCGAGGACGCACGCCGCGAGCAGGAGGCGGCAAAUGCCGGGAAAAAGAUCAAGGAAAGCUACAACGGGGACGGGUACUAGGACGACUUUGCUUUUUGCUACGGCUACAUAUUUAUGCAAUACAAAUUUAGCCAUAGCCUCUAUGACUGGACGUACAAAAUGCAUGAUACAACUGAACUGAAAAAAAUAAAUGAUUUCCAACUACCGUUCAUAAUCAAAUUCAACCCAGCACGACCGUGUCCGGCGAAUACCACGUGCCUGAUGACGAAAAAACCGGCAGCGGUGGUUAUUCCAUCUCUCCGAACACGUAUCCGAUUCUGGUCCAGCCGCCCAUUAUUGCGGUCCAGCAGACUAUCCCGACGGCGCCCAUCCCCCGCCCGAAAAUUCAUGGAAAAGAGGACGACGUCUGCUGUGCUUGCGUGGAUCACUGCACGGCAGUCCCUUCGACCGAGACGCGGGAUAUAAGCACCAACAGCAUUUUGCGCAUCAAUUUUACCUACUGGGACCGGCACUGGUGCACCUGCGGCCCGCACCCGGGCGUCGCGGAGCAGGAUCAGCGCUGCCCGGAGGAGGUCAUUCAAGCGGCGAUUGUGAACUGCGGGGGGAAGCCGGUGAUCGAGUUGAAAGGGAACGCUGGAAACCACAACCAGCCCGGACGGCUGAUUGACGUGCGAAAGGAGUUGUCGCAGAUUUGGCACGCCUUUUUGGGACCCGAAGGGAAUCUGUACCGCCAUGUGCAGCAGAAGCAUUUGGACACCGGCACGGUCUGCAUGUUCCCGAUUGUCUUUCUCUACACACUCCUGCUGGUUCUCACCUGCGGCUUGUGUUGCCAGUCGUGCAAGAUUAAAAACAAACGGGUAAAAGCGUGGGAUCAGGACUUACGGAAGUGGCAGCUGGAAUUCAAUAAAGCCAUUUCCCCCUUUGGGCUCUUCGUGAAGACCCAAACCCACUGCUGGGUGACCAUCUCCUAUGACGGUGAUGGCCGGCCGCAGAAAAACCGCCAUUUUCGCCGUUGGAUCGCGUUGGCGUUGACCCCGGAGCAGAGCGCGCUGCUGGCGGGGGAACCCCACAUCAGCGGGGACGUAGAGGUGGAUUUGUGUUGCGGUGGGGUCAACGAACUAGCGCUGAGUAUGCACCCGCCCAAUGGAAUGCUGUUCUGAGUUCUCCUUUGGGGAUGGGGAGUGAAUAAAGCCGAAAAAUAACAAGAAUACCGGAAUGCAGUAUGAAAAUGAAUAAAAUUGAGCAGAAGUGCAUAAGCAUGAUAGGCACAUACUACGAUUAGAAUAGUACGCGUUGCCAUGAUACAUCAUAGCCAUCUCGUUUUUUCUUGUGGAAAAUGAACUACCGUGGACAAUUUUUUGGCAUUGAAUACAAACAGGGAUCGAUACAUAUAAUUUCUUUUCCGCAGACAACUCUACUGUUGCGAGCAGUUUUCUGGUUUUCUUCGAAAACAUCGCUUCUAGUCUGUGCGAACCAUUUAGAUAUUCGCACUCGUUCUCACUUGAUAGCUCUACCUUUUCUUGUUGUAUGAAUGAAUUGCGCAGAUGAACACAAGCUACACACAAAAACCACAAUAACAAUAUAAAUAGAAGCCGCACUCCAAUUGUUUCGCAAGGCACAUAAUUCUUUCGUUUCUCUUUAAUGUCGUCAACAAGUAAUUCUGCUUUUGUACUUGGAUUUGUUUCACUUACUUUUGGGAAUUUCUGUGCCUGAGGAGACGUUUUUUCAGGUUGCAUGAUCCCGAAAUUGUACGAAAAGAAGCAGACGCAAAGCGCACUGGUUGAUGUUGAAUCAAGAAAAGCUGCGAAUGACAAUGAACAAAAGGAAAAGUGCUACGGUUAUUUCACCUUGGUUUCGCUGCAGAGAUGAGAAGCAACAUUUGUCCGCUUUCGUUUGAUCCUGAAGCCAAGAACAAGCUGCUCGAGGAUAAUGCAGAUCGGGAACAAGCCUGAGGCAAGUCCAUAGACAGAUGAAGAUACUACACCUCGUAGAACAUAACGACGACGAGCAAAAGAUCAAAGACGAGCCACAACGUGAAAAAGGUCUAGUAGGAUGGUAUAUUGUGACAGUUACUGGCAAGUAAGAAGCCCGUUCGUUGCGAGCCGCCUUUUGUCCACUACCACUUAUCGUGUAUCGCAGUCGUGUGUUGCAAAAACAAAAAAAGAUCUACGUAGCCUCUAGUAGUGGCAUAUUGUCGUGACGGUGAAGAUGAAGAUCUAGUGUUAAUGUAUAACUCGUCAUCAAAAAGAACAAGGAGAACAACAGCAACAAGGUCAACCGAUUUCUAUAAGAACUUCUGGUAGUUCGGUGACACAAAAACAAUCGAACGCACAUAUUUGGCGCUCAAUUCAUUGUCGUGUCAUCUGGUCGACGCGUCCUCUCCUGUCGUCGUGAACAUUGAAGACUACAGCGGAGCCUCUGGUGUUUUGACGUACUAGAUAAACUUAUAUUUACGGCGUCGUCUUCGUUGUAAGAACUUUUAGAAAAUCGUAAUUCUGUUGUAGUUUCAUCGCGAAGUAAGUGUAUAGUGUAAAGUUCAAGUAAGAGGUAAACGCAAAAAUCGCCAAUAUUUCAUAUUGCACGCCUAUUUUUGUUCUUUCAGAAAAGUUUUAAUCGUCCUCUGAUAGUUCUCCUCAGUGUAAAGACAAAGACAACGUCUACUGCUCCUCGAGCAAAAAAAAAUCACCUGAAGGCGGGACAGCCACUUCUACUACGUGAUAUAAAAAUCGUCCCUGGCACGAUCUACAAUUUUCGAUUUCGAAUCUUCUUGUUCCAAACAAAAAAUGCCACGCGUUUUCGGCGCUUCUUUCAUGGGACCGCGGGGCAACGGUGGAAAGCGGCGUCACCACCGACGGGGCGGCGGUGUGGGAAAUCGAAUUCGCACGACGAGAAAUUUGUCGCCCGACGAAAAUUUGCUGUCGGGGUGGUUUGGCAUGUUGUUGCGUCACGGAGAAGACGCCGGGGAACCAGGUGGGGGGGACAAACACAUUUUGGGAACGCCGCUUGAUUUGCAUUGCAACAGCAUCGCGCUAAUAUAUAUAAAUUGCAUUACAAGCUUCUGACUUAGCAUUGCAAAUUGUUUUGGUAAUGCGGAUGCGUGAACAAGAAAAAGAUUUGCUAUGCAUGUAAAGCAAUUAGUAUAAGUACGAGUGCGAUGCUUUUGCGCUACAUACUGGAGGAACUGCGGCAAUUCGCUCCGUCCGGGUUCGUGCCGUGGGAAAAGUUUCUCUAUCACAGUGACAAAAGUCCUUGGCUCGGUGCCAGAGCGACGCACUAUAAUGCGCAUGGUGCGCUAGCCGUGCUUGAUGUUGAUUUAUUUUUUUAGCCUUCCUCAUCCUCGUCUACACUUCUGACGGAGAUUCUGUAGUCGUAGAUUGUAAUUGGUAUGUCAGGGCGAACAUGCGCGCCCAUGAUUGUGUUAUCUUGUCUUCCAGAUACAGAGCGGAGGACUGUUUUCAAUGUGAUAGUGUUAUGCCUGCUUUCCUGAAGAAACACCCGAUCCACAACGAUGCCGGCGAGCGGAGACCGUGCAGCAUCAAGGCGCUGUGCAAGUACAGCAUCAAUGGUAACGAAGUAGAGCUUGGUCUGCCAGGUCUGCAAUUCUUGCGUCAUUUUGCUGCGUCUAUUCAGGAGCGACCUCGUAGGGUCAUAAUCAUGUGUGGUAAUGCACUUCCUCCGGAUGGUGCGGCUCGCGAUGGCUUGAUAGUGGCAACUAAAAAAUGAAUAGAAAAACAAAAUUCAAAAAAGGUGAUGGGGAGCACCGCUUCGAGUAUUUCAAGAGCAAAAACCCGGGAACGAAGCUGCAGCACUACGUGCGAGCCAUAUGGUCGGCAAAAGUAUCGGGCACAUGCGCAUGCAGAAAAAUUCAGUGCGGUUUUUCUCCUUGCAUGAACAGAAUUACACUGGGAUAUUUGUAUUUCAGGACAUGGACAGCAUUCAUAGAACCACCAAAGUGACAAUUGCAGUGUUUCUUGCAUUGUGAUUGUUUUGCAUCCGAUCGGUGCUUUUGCGCUGCAUAAACCAGGACCAACAAUGAUUGGGCGGUAUUGCAGCUGGAGGAGCCCGAGGAGGAGUACUGGGAAGGAAAAUACAAGUAAGUAAGGAUGUAUUUCUAGUAGUGUUCAUGUUCUUUUGUGUAGUGGGGGCUCGUGGCUAAUUCCGCAAUGCUGAGUCCUCUCAUCUCGGUACAGCCUCUAGUCUAGACUCGAAAAAAGAUCUAUCCUCCGCUUGUGGUCUUAGGCAAUAAAAAUAAAAUUUGAAAAUUUUGCGGUUUUGAGUCUGUCAUAAAAAUGAAAUUUUGGAAUUUCGCGGUUUUGAAUCAGUCAUAAAAAUAAAAUUUUGGAAUUUCGCGGAUUUCUGCUGCCUUCUUUCUUUUUGAUGCAUUGUCUUGCUGACCGCUUGCCUGUGCUUGUGCAUGAUUCGGCAAGAUACUCUUGUUGCCCGCUUUUUCUACUUCUGCCUUACCAAUAAAAAUGAAAUUUUGAAUUUUCGCGGAUGCUUUCCCUUUCUUGCCCUCAAGACCCGACCCGUAUUCUAUCUUCACUUUCAUAUACAGAUACAAAACACUAACAUUCACGACAGAGAGUUGAAGAUGCAGAAGCACGAAGAUCAGCAGCUCGGCUCCAACAACAAUGACGGUGGUCCGGAUGCUGGAAGCGGCUCGGGCGGUAACGGUGAGGGGGAUGAUGAUGGCGGGGACCACAACAAUGAUCCGAAUCACGAAGGCUCCAUGGACGACGAGGACCACGAUGGUAUGGUCGACCCAGAUCAGUUUGUGCACAACGAUCGCGACGACUCGCCCACCUUGGAUCACGAUGGCAAGAUGAACCGCCUGGCGGGCAGUGAGGGUCAUGGCCGCGAAGUUGUGGAUCAUUAUUCACCCUCGCACAACCCCUUUGCCAGGCAGAAUAACAGUGUCCCCAUGGGUCACGGUAACGUCAACAUGUCGGGUUCGUCUUCUCGCGGUCGUGCAAAUCGAAGCCGAGAUCAGGGACGCCAGCAGCCCCAGCGGACCAACUUGUAUUUUGUUUUUGAUUUUCAUUUUUAUAUUUUUUUCGGAUUUUUUUGAUGCAUUCGCUUUGUUCGCCGUCGUGUAGAAGUGCAGUGGUUGAGGAUAAGAACGGAGUCGUCUUACGGCUGUGUCUCGCGAUUUGGAAAAAUAAAAAUGAAACGAUCAAUCCGCAGCUUCAUCGACCAUCCCGUGACGAAAGCGACUGGUGCGAACGAAACACCGCUAGGGCCAAAGCGAUUCUAAUCCGAAGAGCAAUCGUUUUGGGAGUGAAACAAGGCUCAGUCAAUGGAUACUACUCACCGUUUUUACGUUACGGCUAGGGGAGGUUACGCGGGUAACCACAGCAAUUCUACAGUCGUUGUACCUUCCAGCAAAGGUCCUUGCUAUCCAGAAGUUUUUGUAAAUGCGGUCCUAGAAUAAUGAAAAACAUCAAUUUUGAUAAUUUCAUCAGAAAGUACACUUAUGAUAUGUCACUCUUUCGAAACGCACGACAGCUAUCCAAAUUUUACGCACGAGUACUCAAACCCAUUCAUUUCCACUUUUUGUUUUUACAUGAACUACGACUGAAGAAAAAAACGAAACAAGUUCCUUCUUCAGAACAGCCUGUUGGGAAAUGACGCCGGCAGCAUAAAACCUACCUACGCUUGCGUCCGGGUCCCCGUCUGUUUCUGUUGUUUAGCCCUUAAAUGCCGCCGGCUCCCGCUGCUCUAUUUUCCUUGAUGUCGGUUUUCAUCGCCUGUGUAUGUUGCGCAAGAGAAAAAAAUCGAAUUAUUGCGAUGCUCAAUUACUAAUUGUUACUGUCCCGAAACUACAUAGUGCGUCCUUCUGCAAAAUGUACCCCCAAAUUGCCCUGACUCCGCUUGUCUCGGUUAUGGCUUCUUUUCUGUUUUGAGUCACACCCUCGGUCGCUUUGGUUUUGAUUUGUCAUUCUUUUAGCUCUGAAUCAAUUCGCUUUUAUAUCAAAAUGGUCUCUUCCUCGUCUACGUCUGUGAUGCGCAGCUGCAUGCAGCUGCACCUGCAGCUAUUUGCCUCAUCGUGUGCCUGUUUUCGUUUCGUCCUUUUGCUCAAGGUUUUGCUGCUUCUCGCAGUUUAUCCAGCACUCGGUGCAAGCCCGACGCAGGCGCCGAGAACAAGCUCCUACAUGCUGCGCGACCUGCACAUGAAGCAUUGGCGAUGGUACCAAAAUUUGAAGGACAUGCUCCAGGAAUUGGGAAACCCGGAAGCCUCGUCUGAGAAACGGUAUACUUUUCCGGACGAUGUGGCGUUUUCGUCAACGUCAGUGCCAUCUUCUGUUCCCACAGAAGCGGCGUCAGGUACUACAAGAACUGCCGUCGAGGUUGCACCGGAUGGCGAGAACACCCCAGGAGCGUCCUCUUCACUACAGACUUCUGGCACCACCACGCUAAACGUCGACCCACGCGUUCUCGAACUUGUUGACACGCAGCAAAAAAGGACGGCUUUAAGAAACCCUAGUACGGUGGGGGGCCACCACCAAAUCUUCACUCAGCCCUUCACCCAACGUCCACCCCUUUACGACAAGCAAGGCAGGAUACCCCGCCCCCUGACUGGGCUCCCCGGCUCCGCCCGACACGCGUGGGAAGAAGAGCGACAAAUUUGGGGGGAGCUUUCCCGGGUCGAGAUCGUGGAGCUGCCAGAGGAGUGCUACGCGGAAAAUUCGCCGGAACACCCGUCUUUCUUUCUGUUCUACGGGUCGGCGAGGCGGGAAUCCGUGCAGGGGGGGACGUUU